AUGUACAAGAAACACUAUUUGGUACAUGAUAUGAACGAUGAAACGUGCAAUGAACAAACAUCAGACGAAAUAGUGGAACAUAGUUCAGAGACUGAAAUGAACAACGAAAAAUCUUCGGAAAGCAGUUCAUCACAUGAGAUGGACGAUGAAUCAGAAUUAGAAGAUGAACCCCAAGAAACUACUCCAACUACUCCAGAAACUAGUGCCAGACCGGAUAUUAAAGCAGAGCACGAGCUGUGCAAGCGGAAACGAGUGCCGAGCCUGAACUAUCCGGCCGUUACGCAGACUGCACUGCUGGAAGGACCGGAAGCGCUUAAACCUUUAUGUUGCAACGCAACUCAUAGAGUAAACGUGUUUCUGCUCAUCUACCAGCUCGGUACUUGCUGCGUGUACGUUGUGUUUGUGUCGUCUAACAUUAAGGCCAUUGCUGACUACUACACCGAUACCGAUGUGCGGCUAUACAUGCUGAUCAUUCUUCUGCCACUCAUCCUGAUCAACUGGGUUAGGAAUCUGAAAUCAUUGGCACCAUUCUCGACGGUAGCUAAUUUUGUCACGCUCGUCUCGUUCGGCAUCAUCUUGUACUACAUCUUCCGCGAGCCCAUCUCGUUCGAGAAUCGCGACAAAGUCGGCACAAUGAGCGGUUUCGCGCUCUUCUUCGGCACAGUGCUAUUCGCUUUGGAAGCAAUCGGUGUGAUCCUGCCAUUGGAGAAUGAGAUGAAAACUCCGAAUAAGUUCGGUGGUAGUUUUGGUGUGCUGAACAAGGCAAUGAUCCUGAUCGUCACACUGUACAUUGGUAUGGGCUUUUUCGGAUAUCUGAACUACGGUUCAGCUAUAAAGGGAUCGAUAACGUUGAAUCUGCCUGAGGAAAAAUGUAAGCACUUGGCCCAGUGCGUUAAGGGAAUGUUAGCCUUUGCCAUCUACAUCACCCACGGGCUGGCGUGUUACGUAGCGAUAGAUAUCACCUGGAACGACUACUUGAAGAAGAAUUUGGGUGAUUCUCCACGAAGCACCUUUUAUGAGUACAUCGCACGAACGGUGCUAGUGUUAAUCACAUUCUUGCUGGCAGUGGCCAUUCCCAAUCUGGAACUCUUCAUUUCGCUGUUCGGAGCACUGUGCCUUUCUGCCCUGGGCAUUGCAUUCCCUGCAUUGAUACAAACCUGCACGUACGGGCACCAUCGGCAGGGUAUGGCAAAGGUGUGGAUGGUUGCGAAGAACAGCGUUAUUGGCGUGGUAGCCAUGCUAGGGCUGGUGAUCGGUACCUCGACCAGCAUGAUCGAAAUCAUUCACACCCUCGGACAUGACGAUUGAGGAUUGUGCGGCUGUGUGCGCUAGCAAUAAACAAGCAGCGAAAAUCAACAUCCGCAACCAACAUGAAGUAUUGAUUCGCCAUCUUUUCACUCCAUCAUUACAAAUAAGUAUUACUCGACACGUAAACAGCGCACCUGGCGACAGAGAGAAAGUGCACUUUUGAGGGCAGGACUGUGAGGGGUGUGUUAUGUGAAUGUGUGGGACAGAGAAAGAGACAGGGUGGAACAUUUGGAACAGAAAGAAGAUAAUUGUUAGAGCCAUAACCAUUCCUAUGCUAAAUGCGUCGAGAAGUCAAAGCGUUAGCUGUAGCUGUCGAACUACUACCGAGCUGCUCCUGAUCUCCUGAUCAUGAUGUGACAGGCGAUGGUUUACCGGUCUGCCGGUCCAUUUGCCGUCAGCUGUUCAAUCAUUUCUAUCAUAUGUGCUUUUA